AUGUUUAUAAAAAUUCUUUUGAAGAAUGAUAUUUAUGUGAAAAGCUUCAAUCGUUUCUUUCUCCCCUCUUUCCUCCCACUUCAACUCGGUCGUUUCUUUCUCCCUUCUUUCUCCCCUCCUCCCACUUCAACUCAGUCGUUUCUUUCUCCCCUCUUUCCUCCCACUUCAACUCAGUCGUUUCUUUCUCCCCUCUUUCCUCCCACUUCAACUCAGUCGUUUCUUUCUCCCCUCUUUCCUCCCACUUCAACUCAGUCGUUUCUUUCUCCCUCUUUCCUCCCACUUCAACUCAGUCGUUUCUUUUCUUUCUCCCUCUUUCCUCCCCCUUCACCCCAAACCUUUCUUUCUCCCCUUUUCCCUUCAGUCAUUUUUUCUCCCCUCUUUCCUCCCCACUUCAACGCAGGCCUUUCUUUCUCCCCCUUUCCCCGCCUUUUCCAGCAGGGCCUUUCUUUCUCCCCUUUCCCUCAAGGCUUCAACGCAGGCCUUUCUUUCUCCCCUUUCCCCCGCAGGCCUUUCUUCCUCCCCCUUUCCCUUCAACGCAGGCCUUUCUUUCCCCCCCUUUCCCCCUCUUCUAGCGCAGGCCUUUCUUUCUCCCCCUUUCCCUCCCCCUUUCCCUUCUUCAACGCAGGGCCUUUCUUUCUCCCCUUUCCCUCCGCUUCAACGCAGGCCUUUCUUCCUCCCCCUUUCCCUCGCGCUUCAACGCAGGCCUUUCUUCCUCCCCCUUUCCCUCGCGCUUCAACGCAGGCCUUUCUUCCUCCCCCUUUCCCUCUUUCUUCCUCCCCUUUCCCAGCUUCAACGCAGGCCUUUCUUUCUCCCCCCUUCCACCUGCUCAUUCUUCUUUCUCUGCUUUCCUCUAUUCUCCCUUCCUCUUUCAAUUUCUCUCUUCCCUUUUCUCUUUCUUCUGCUAGUUUUCUCUUAUUCUUUCUUUACUCUUCAGAUUUAACACUCUUUCCCCCACCCACCCAGACCUGUUCUUCAAUUUCCAAUUUCCAAAGAAAAUUAAACAAUUUUUCACUCAUAUUCUAG